UGAAAGCACAGCAAGAUUUAGAUAAAACAAUUUAAAAUUUAAAAUUUAAAAUCGUUAUGAUCGCCGAUCUGAAGCGGCAAUAUGAGGAGCGCUGGCAUUAUCCGCCGAAGCCUCCGCCGGUCAAGGUGAAGUACGUUGCCUGUGGAAAGGUGCCCUUCUACGGCCACAACGAUAAGCCAACGUAUACGCCAUGCUGGCAGCAUCCGCUCAACGUGCAGAACCAGGCUCUCUUCGGCGUUUGCUGGGAGUAUCCACCGGAGCGGUACAAGCGUCGCCCUCUGCCGCCGCCAUGCCGCGGAUCGACCAUUCCCAUUCAUUUGCUGAAACCCACCUUCGCGCAUUGCGGGAACAUCUACACGCGGUACGACUUUAAGCUGGAGCAGUGCGUGCACGACCAAAUUCUAGUCGUUGAUCGGAAACUGAAGAAGCUGAGGAAUCAGCUGGAGAAGGCCAAACCCUUGCAGAUCGAGAAGGUUGAGGAGAUGCGGUACCAUGGAGUGCGCUACCGCAUUUUGGUCGGCUCUACUGGAUGCACCAAGAUCUAUCCCGAGUAUCUCAGCCGGAUGACCGAGGAACGGGAACUCUGCGAGUUUCAGAGGGCCUACAAUCUCGUUAAUCAAUCCAAUACCGAUUUGUCCAAAUCCUUUCUGGAUAUGCGUGAGUCCAAGGAGGAGUUGGAUAAACGCCUGGCCAGGUUAGACCGAUCCCUAGAUAGUGUGUUCCUAAAAGAUCUGGACUCGGUGUUGAACAUUAUCGAAGACCUAAACAAGUACUUCUUUGGCGUGAUUGUGAAACUCAAGACGUGGGCGGAACUGAUGGACCCGAUGAAGGAGCACUCCAUCGAAGACUAUCUGGCACUUUUGAGCCAGGAGUCGGAUUUCAAGAGCUUUAUGAGGGCCGGUAUGGAGAACUGCACUUGCAAGCGGUGCGACAAGAAGGAUCCACUGAAGCCGUAUCUUCCAUGCUGGUGUCAGCAUCCUGAAUCCAGCGAUGAUACUACACAAAUUAAGAAAUUCGAUUAUGAUUGCCCAAAGUCCUUCGCUGCCCACAUGCGAAGUGACAGUGACUUUGUCAAUAGAUCUAGUGAUACCUCGAUUCUAGUGAAAGCGGCUGAGAAGACCAGUGACUCAUAAUAGGCUAUUCAGUAUCGUUUGUAGACUAAUAAACUUAUUU